AUGUCUGCUGCUGAUGAUUUUAAAGAGAUAGAUCAGUACAUGCGCAAAGCUGAGGAGGAGAUUCACUUGACCUUUGCUGAUUUGGAUAACUCCCAUAAUGCACCAGUGCCAAGCAGACGGAGUAUACAAUAUGCAAAGCAUUGUGGGAUAGAAUUCAAUUGUGUUCAAGAAAAUGACCCACCUAAUCAAAAUGGAACAUCUGUGUAUUAUGACAUCAUAAAGACCUUUGAUGACCCCAAUAUCCGUCAAAAUGCUGAUCUGACUACGAUAGAGUACACAUUCAAUCAGGCGAAAUAUAUAAAAAUGAUGGAGAUCAGAAAUGCUGUUAUGGAUAGUGAUAUCAGUUUUAAGAUGACAUGUCUUGAUAGUGCAAUAGGUAAUAACCAAUCUUCUUCUGGCGACUUAUUAGGUAACUCUCACUUUGAACAAAACCAGACAAGUGAACACAUGACAAAUAUUGGGAUUGAUAACAUCCAUUACAUGAAAAGUGGACAAAGUGGACAUACUUAUACACAGGAGUGUAGCAGUGAUUUAGAAAGUGCAAUAAUAGAAGCACCUGUUAUUAAACAGCAAGAAUCAUUGAAUGUGGAACACCAUGUUAAAAAAGUCAGCCCUGUUAACAUAGGUAGUGAUAGGGAUAAACCACAUGCAGGGGCAAGACUUGAGGAAGGAGACAAGAAGCCACCUGUUCUACAACAAGACCCUAUAAAUGAGGAGCAUAGUGUGAAGAUUGGUCCUGAUACACCUGAACAGAUUAAGAAACAACGUGAACAAAGACGAGGGAUGGAGGUGGGAGUCCCUAGGAGACCAUCUGUCGAAAGGGAAAUCUCUUGUAAAAAGAACAAUGAUAUUCAUAUUGAACCAGAUAGUAAACUUCAUGAGGUAUACAAAGCAACUACUGCUUAUAAUGAACCUCUAACAGGUGCAGGAAAUGAUAAAUGGAAUGAGAUGAUUGUUAACAAUUUACCUUAUGAGACAAAAACCAAGGGACAUGCAUUUGAUUCAAAGAGAUCGCCUGCUCCACCUAAGAAUCUACAUGGAAAUACUCGCAGUGUGACAUCAUCAGAUGAUGUCACUCCUUCACCCUGUUCUGAAGAGGUCUGGGGCUUCACUUGCCAGACUGUAGAGAAUAAGGUUUACAGCAGUUGUGAUGAGGAAGGCACCAACACAGACUCAGACACUGACAGAGACAGUGCAACACUAAGCAGUUGCAGCGAUAUGGAGUACAAACUAACCACCAUCUCAUGCUCUAUAGAUGGCUCUCAGAAUGCCUCAUAUCCCCUGGAUGUAACCCCCAAAUACUCAGUAGGGGCUGCUCCCAAGUCACGAAAUCUCAAGCUCCAGAAACCUGUGCUUUUACCGAAACCUAAAGGAUUAUCAAUCUCAUCGCCAACAUCUCACAAUAAAGGUUCUAUACCAGUGACAUCUUUUGAUCGUAAUCAGAACAAUAAAUAUGAAACAUCUGUUGGAAACAUACAGCAUGGGAAUUCACCACUCAAGCAGGUAGAGACAUCUAGUGGCAAUAUUUUGAAGCAGUCAGACAGUUCUAAGUGUAAUAAAUAUGAGAUUAAUCGCAAUGAUCAAACAACAUAUGUUAAAACACCUCUUAAUAAAUUCCAAAUUAUUGAUAAGAAUGCAAGGUCGAUGUCCAAAACAACAAGCAAUGAAAAAUCUCAACAUACAGCUGAUAAUACCAAACUAAAUUCUGUUCAUGUAAGACACAAACCAGCUAAUCUGAGGAUUGGUGUCUCUCAGAAUGAUAACAACAGAGGACAAUAUAAGAACAAUAAAGGACACCAUGGGGAUAACAAAGAACAUGAUGAGGAUGAGCCAAAUGUUUUUGAAGAUGCCAGGGUAGUUGUUGAGGUUCAUUCACCUGUUCAUCAGCUUGUAUCCAUGUUUGAAACUGGACAGACCCGCAUUGAACAACAAACCAAAACUAAUAAAGAACAAUAUAAAAACAAAGAAUCGGAAUCAAAAUGUGAAAAUGUGAAAGCACAAUGUGAAACAAUUCCCCCAAAAUGUGAUACUGCGAAGGUACAAGUGGUUGAUAAGUUACCAAGGAACAGUAUUGAAAGUGGUUCCUUCAGUGAUAAUGAAAUUAUGAGACUAGUGCAAUCCCAGAAACUACGAGGGGAUAGACCCAGAAGUCCUUCUCCUAUGCUUAAAGGGGAGAGUUACCCAAUGGAGAUUACUGAGGAACGUCAAAGCAGACGUGAUCGUUCUCGGACAUUUUCUGGCUCUAGAUCCAGGUCAAGAAGCCCAUCUCCUUUGCUAAAAGGGGACACAUUCCCAAGAGGCUUCUCCCAUGGUGAAAACAGGAGUGCACAAACGAGAAAGCAACCAAAGUUAGGAGUGGCUGGUAGGAGUAAGAGUGUUGAUUCUGGUUCCAUUAGAUGGCCAAAUAAGGCCAGAGCCUCUGUUGACAUAAAUGUAGAGAAACAUAAUGAUAAACACUCUUCAAAACUUAACUCAAAGGCAGUCGAUCAAAACUCAACAAAAUCAAAAAUAGCAGACAACCAUAAAGUUGAUGAAAAUGGACGAGAAGUUUUCCUUCAAAAGUCAACUGAGAAACAUACUGCCAAACCACUCUCAUCAAUAGGACAUUUAAAAGCAUUUAAUCAAUCAGCUUUUAUACCAGUCAAAUCAAAGUCAAGUUCUAAUCCUUUGAGUAGAUUUGUGGCAGCUUUUGAACCAAAAAUGAAGCAUAAGCCUCUUGUUUUAGACCAUGACUAUCGCAGUAGAAGCCUUUCCCCAAAGAUAGCUAUCAAAGCAAAAACACCUGAUAAACCCCCUGUUGCUAAGGAUACGCCUGUUACUAUGGCAACACCAUCAACACCUGUCGAGUCAAACCCAGAGUGUAAUAUUGGUAAUCCCCCUGCAGGAAAAUCUGCUAAGUCAGGACUUGCAGACAAACUUAAGAAACUUUCUGAAAAACUUCAAAGUAUUUCAUUCAACACAGAGGGUGGAAACAGCAGCACAUUUCCAUUGAUAUUUCGACCCAAGCCUGACAAUGAAGUGAAUUUGUUAACAGUCCAAAGUGGCUCACAUGGGAAACUUCUCGAAGUUGAAGGUCAGAAAAUAGAGAAGUAUCCACUUGCUGUUACUUGUAAAAGUGCUGAAACUUUAGAAACUUAUAAUAAACGUCCUAAAAUGGGCAUAGGAGAUAUUGGUCACCAUAGCAACCGAACUGCAUUUUCUUUGCAUAAUAAAACUAAUUUACCAAUAAGCAGAGGAUCAGUGGUUAAUUCAAAUAACAAGACAGAGUCAUCUGAGAAAGCAAAAUCAGAUUUAAAGACAAAAAGAAAUGAAACUAAUGUGUCACAUGUCACCAAAGGUAAUGAUAUAAUAAAUGGGUCUCCAAAUGAAGUGCACACUCCAAACAAUAACGAUACAAAAAAUACAAACUUAAACUUUGAAAGACAUGAUGUGAAGAGGUCAAGUGGAAAAUCAAAGUCAAAAGCAAAAAAAGUCACACGAAGUACUCAAACAUCAAAAAGUAAAGAUGUUAGUGUGAAGAAGUCUCAUUCAGUGAAUGAACAUGACUCUAAAAAAGACUACAAACUCUCACAUAAACAAACUAGCCAGUCAUUGAAAAUAAAAAAUGGACAUGAUAAAUUGAAUGGAGUAGCUAACAGGAAGUGUGAGCAGCUUAGGGGGGUGAGGGAAGGGACGCCCGCUGGUGUUCUGAUAUAUCGCAAUCAGAGUGCAGUUGAUGCAGAACACUCCCCUACCAAUAAAUACAACACUAUGUCCCUUGAAAGACCAAGUAAAAAUCUUGACAUUGUUCGUGAAAACAUAGAGUUCCACAAAAGUGAAACAAAUGUUGAUGACCAAAAGCGUCAAGUUGCCCAACAAGUAAAAUCGCCACGUUUAACCAAAUCAGAAUUCUACACAAGUGGAACUAACAAUAAAGCAAACACUGAUUUAAAUCACAAUCCAGCACCACUAAAACGUCAAACCUUUCACGUUGAGUGUCCUGUGGCCCCCCAAAUCCCUCCAACCCCCCAGGCCCCAAUAUCCCAACCCAGAGAUCAUAUGAAACUUCCAAGUUUGCUCCAGCUUCUAAAUGAGAAAGGGAUCAAAAUACCUGAAGCUCAGUCAAAUGUUGCCCCAACAACGAAUCCCUGGGUGAAGGCAUCAGAAAUUGAUAGCUUAGAGAGACGAAGUGUUACGAGCCGCAGCACAGAAUCAAAUGGUAAUCAUAGCAUCCCUUCUGACAGUGACUCUACCAGAACUCCCACCCCAACCACCCCUAUGUCCCCCAACACUGCAAAAACACUCCUUGAUACUCUCCAUAAGAAAUACUAUGCCCAUCAGUAUCAUAGAAAGGGGGACUACAAUUCUGACCAAUCAAAAUCUGGAGAUGAACGUGAACGUUCUUUGACACCAACGCCGCAGAAUCAAAAAUCUCGGGAGUUUCGACAAAUGUCGGCGCCACCUUUAGACUUCAACCACAAGGGACAUGAACGAAAACCAAGUGAUCAAGAUUCGGGGAAAGCUAGCAGCCCAUCAUCGCCAUUCUUGAGGUCCCCAUCAGGAAAUAUAGAUGGCAGUGUUAUUCAAGAUGAAGAGGAGUUGCAGUCAUUUAGAACUGAGAAGGAAUCAAUUGAGAUUGAAGCUAUAGAGGCCUGUAAGUGGCUCAGGGCAGCUGGAUUUCCACAAUACGCCCAGAUGUACGAAGAUCUCCAAUUUCCUGUUGACAUCAAUUCUGUGGAGAAUGACCACGAUUUCUUAGACAGAGACUCAAUACAGUCUUUAUUUCGUCGUCUGAACACUUUGAACAAAUGUGCCACGAUGAAGAUAGAGACUCCACCACGUAAAAUGGAAGUUGAUGAAUCGGAUGACGAGGACCAAUGUGCACUUAGCGACAAAUGGAAAUUCCAACGAAGUUCCCGUAGAUGGUCCCGAAAGGAUCUGGAUUCCCCUAUUGAACAUUUAGAAAAAGAACGAUUAAAAUCGUCCAGCAGUAGAGACAGUGUUAUAACUGAUAAUGACAGUUUGAGCAUGCAGGACGACAGUCCUUUAUUGCAUAGUAAAACAUCACAUGGAAGGACUCCUGAAACCGAGAAAAAACAUAUAGACUUUUAUUUACCUGAGCAGUCAUCACCUCCUGUUCCAAGAUUUCACGGUUGCCCAGUUGCACAUUUAGAUAUUCCUCAAAGUUCAACAUCACAAUUCAGUGAUACAGAAUCAUCAACCAGUCCCACUAGUCCACGAUUACGGAGGUCCGCCAGUGAGAAAGUAAAAAAUGGAGCUAAGAGCUUUUUAAGAAAAAUGGACGUUACUGGUAAAUCUAAAAAGCAAACAAGGCGGAAGCAUUUUAAGGAGGAUGUUGAAAUCAGUGGGCCAGUUCUAAUGAGAGACUCUGACAUUGAGGCAAGAAUACAACACCUUAAUUGUGUUGAUAUAAGUCCAACAAAUGAGACACCUCCUGGAGGGUUGGAUAUUACAACAACAACAACAACAACAACAACAGUGCAAAGAAGGUCAGAUUUAAAUGCUCCCGGUGACAAUGACCAAACACAAUUAAGUCAUAUGAUUGACAGUAAAAAGGAAUCAUUUGCAAAUACCCGGUCUCGUAAUUGUAGCGAAGCCAGUGGUCUCCGAGAUCAUGCACAACGCAAUGAUUCAGAUCCACAUCUUAUUAAAGGAGGUUAUAUACAAACUGAACAUGGUAGUCAAAUUAAUAUCAGAACAGGAAGCUUCAAUUUUGGAUCUGAUUCAGGUGAUAAUCGCCACAAAUUUGUAACUGACAGUCAUUCAGCCAAUCAGAGCCCAGCAGUGGAACGUCGUCUGGGUUCUCAUAAUGCAGAGGGAGACACGUCACUUAGUAGAAUGAGUAUAUAUGACAAUGUACCACCAACUAGCGCUGAUUCUAGCAAGCUCCACCAGGAACUAGAUCUGAUUUUAAGUGAAUUAUUUGAAAAUAUAAGCGGACUUAACAACAUGACAACACAACCGAUAGAAGAUAUUGACGUAUCUGGUAUACAGCAAACAGAAGCUGACAUCACAGAACAGAUAUCAGAUACACAGCUGAUUGAAGACAUGGAGGAUGUCAUCGAUGUCAACUUGACAUCACUUGGAACUCAGGAAUCUGCAACAAUGACAACUACAAUAGUGUCAACCAAUCAGGAUGCGAUAUCAGAAAACCUAGACAUCGAGGUCACAACUACAACCAGUCGAACGUCUUCAAACGAUAAUGUUUCGGAGGGUGAUUUUGGGAAAGACUCGCCAAGUACUCCCAGAACAGAACUGCGAGAGAGGAGAGAUUCUGGCGUUGGGUCUAGUCUAACAAGAGCACCUAGUGAUAGGAGACGACCCAGAAUUAGGUGGCAUAGUUUUCAAAAGUGCCACAGGCCAAGCUUCAACAGUCGCACUUUACGCAUUAGUAACCUUUCUACAGGACAGUUGAUGCUUGUUAGAAAACUCUCACUACUCAAGUUGACAGCCGUCAUGGAGAAAUAUUCUCCCGUCAAUAGGACUGGUUGGAACUGGAUUAUGCCAAAGUUCAUAAAGCGCUUCAAGACCCCAGAUUAUAAAGACAAGCAAGUGUUUGGUGUUCCAUUGCUUCACAUUCUACAAAAGACAGGUCAAACUCUCCCACAAUGCAUCUUGUACGCCAUGCGCUUCCUGCGGCGCAAUGCCGCUGAGGCUGUAGGAAUAUUCCGAAAAUCUGGAGUUCGAUCCAGAAUUCAGAAGUUAAGGAGCCAAAUAGAGGCCAACCCAGAUAUGACAAACUUCGAAGGUCAUCAGGCAUAUGAUGUAGCUGAUUUACUGAAACAAUAUUUCCGAGAGCUGCCUGAAUGUGUGCUGACCAAUAAACUGUCAGAGACAUUCAUUAGCAUAUUUCAGUUGUGUCCCCGGGAGCUCAGACUAGAGGCUCUACAGGCUGCUUACAUGCUGAUGCCAGAUGAGAAUAGAGAAGUGCUCCAAUCACUCUUACUAUUCCUCAGGGAUAUGGCCGAUCAUUCAGAUAAAAACCAGAUGACGGAGAGCAACCUGGCUGUGUGUUUUGCGCCAUCUUUGUUUCAUCUCAGUGGACUAAGAAGCAGCAACUCGAGCCCAAAACGAAAUCGCAAAAAUAUUGGUGUUCCCGAUCAAAAGGAGCUCCUGGACCAAAAAGCGGCACAUGAAUGUCUUACACAGAUGAUUGUGGACUCUAAGAAGAUUGUUACGGUCCAUGAAGACACCAUCAGUAAGUGUAAGUUCUCCUACAUAGAACAAGGUGACCCCGUGACCUUGGAAGAUCUAGGUCAUCGCUAUGGCAAUGACAAAGGCAACCCCAAUGCCUAUCUAGAAACAUGCAUUCAAGGUCUCCUGAAAGAAGCCAGAGAUAAGUUCAAAGGUUGGAUAAAUGUGUCAUCAAGUACUAUGGCAACUAACAUUGACUUGUCAUACAAGAAAGUUGGAGAUGGUCAUCCAUUGCGAUUGUGGAAAUGCUGUGUCGACCUGGAAGCGCCACCUAUAGAAGUUCUUAAUAGAGUACUCCGUGAAAGGCAAACUUGGGAUGAAGAUCUGUUGAAAUGGCGAGUGAUUGAUCGUCUCGACAAAAACACUGAAAUCUUCCAAUAUGUUACAAACAGUAUGGCCCCCCACCCUACCAGAGACUACUGUGAGUUGAGGACCUGGAGGACUGAUCUACCGAAGGGAGCAUGUAUGUUGGUGUCGACCAGUGUCGAUCACCCAGGGGCACCAUUGCUAGGAGGUUGUCGGGCGGUGACAUUGGCAUCACGGUAUCUUAUUGAGCCUUGUGGGUCAGGAAAGUCCCGAUUAACCCAUAUAUCAAGAGUUGACACCAGAGGGAGAUCGCCAGAAUGGUACAAUAAAGCUUAUGGUCACAUCUCAGCGAUGCUUAUGUCUCACUUGCGUGACUCCUUCAAGCAACAGACAGAUGGACCAGAAACCAAAGUUUAACAGGAAAUACAUGUGAAACAUUGGUUAAUACAUGUAAUGUGUCCAGAUGCUUCAUCCAAGAUGGACCAUGGAUAACAGAUCAUUGAUGUGAGAAUGCCACUUGUUAUCAAACUGAUGAAAUCAAUGAUGACACAUCAUUGAAGGUUAAUGAUCAGCCGUACAGUCAGGUAGGAAAUAGGAGGACUUUCACAUGAAAGAAACUUAUGAAAGACUUAUGAAAUCAUUCCUACACAUCAAUGAGUGACCAAGGGAUGAGUCAAGCACUGUUUAAAUGACAAUUGCUUAGAUGACAGUGCAGCAAUUCACAUUAUAAUGAUUAUGAUGAUGACAGGAUAUUGGGCAAAACAACAAAAGGUUGGAGACCUUACUGGAUAUUACAUAUGAAAAUGCAUUAUUGAAAAGAUAAUGCCUUAUGGUGGGAAGAUGCUGCACAUGCAUGUUUGUAGAUAUAUACUGUAUAUAUGAAGGUGGACUAAGUUCAUGCUAAAUGCAUUGACUUACAAUUGAAGUGCCAAAAUGAGAUGUGUGUAGAUGAACAGUGAAAACAUAUGUUAUACUGUUUUGUUAAUGUUAAGAUAUGUGAGGUCAUUGGAUAUAAUAGACUCUAAUCAGAAUAAGACAUAAACGGAGAUUAUUUACAAUGGCCUUAGUUAGUGUUAUGUGUUGCAUGUUUUGACGAAGGCAUUUGAAUAUGGACAGUGCUCUCUGAUUUCAUGUUAAUGCCAAGAGUAUAUUUUUGAAAUUAAGCAAUAUAUAUGUUCCGACUAUAUGUUCAGUAUAUAAAAAUGAACACCACUCCUGUCAGUGUUUUGUUAAAAUGGCAAUAUUAGUUCUAAACUUGCAUGGUGUUUAUAAAUGCAAAGGACUGAAAGGAUAACCAUAAUAGGGAAGCUUAUAAAUAACAUAUAAAUUAUAACAUUAUAAAUUGUCAAGAUCAGUUGGGAAGAUUGGACACAUAUAGUGACAGUAACAUUAAUACAAAGAUUAAGUCAGAUAAAUUGCAUUAUUAUUGUAACAAAAAAUGUUUAUUUUUAUCUAUUCAGUUUCAUAUUAUAGAUAAAAAAAAUUCUUUAAAAAGUGUUGUCUUAAGGAGACAGUAUAUUUCAUAAAAUUGAAAUGGUUUUGGAUUGAGAAGUGCUCACAUUACAUUUCUGAUAAAGAGAGAUAUAAAAGUUUGUACUUUACUACAUUUUGCAUGGACCACAUUUCUCAUUAUUCACCUCUCCUUACGUCAAGAAAUAAUUUUCGCUUAACUGUUAUAAUAAUUGUGAUAAAAUUGUUGUGAUAAAACAUGAUAAUUAUUCUCACAGUUCUUUGUAUGUACUUUUCUCUAUGAAGUAAUAUUUCACGUGGCAGUGGGCUUGUGUAUAAGGAUAUGGGCACAUGCAUAUUGACCUUAUAAAGGCACAUGUGUAAGGAUAUGACCUUAUAUGGGCAAAUGGGUAUUGACCUUAUAAAGGCAAAUGUGUAAGGAUAUGACCUUAUAUGGGCAUAUGUGUAUUGACCCUAUAAAGGUACAUGUGUAAGGAUAUGGCCUUAUAUGGGCACGUGCAUAUUGACCUUAUAAAGGC